GUGUGUGAGAGAGAGAGAGAGAGAUAGAGAGAGACGAGGGAGGGGAGGGGAGCGGAGCAGGAAGGAAGGAAGGACGGACGGACGAAAGGUUGGAGUCUCAGUCACCAGCGGCAGCGGAGUCCCUCCCGCCUUCUCUUCUCUUCUCUUCUCUAUUUGAUGAAAGAAUUGCGAUCUCAUGGAUCAGAAGAAGCUGCUGAUCAACGAACGAGUCGAGGUACGGCAGUUUGAGGAAGGGUUGCGGGGCUCUUGGCACCCUGCAGUGGUGAUUGGUGUUUCAAAUUUGUCACGAACUGUUGAGUACGCUGAACUCUUGGAUGAAAAAGGCGACAAUAAGCUUAUUGAGUCCAUUCCAGUUACUGAGGCAGUUGAGGGGCUUCACCGACGGCGGCAUGUUUCGUCAUGUUAUCGUGGACGUAUUAGACCGUCAUGUCCCCUUUCUAGUCCCUGGCCUGUGGAUAGUAAGUUAGGUUUUGGAGUUUGCGUUGAUGCAUUUUUUAAGGAUGCAUGGUGGGAGGGUGUGAUUUUUGAUGCCGAUGAAGAUGCCAUGGAGCGGUCUGUGUAUUUCCCUGAUGAGGGUGAUGAACUCAAGUUUAGAAGGGAUGAUUUACGUCUUAGUCGUGUGUGGGAUGAAUUUUCAGGUGAAUGGACAAACUGUGGCGUGUGGGUAUUUUUGGAGUUGGUUAGGGAGCUUGAUGGAAGUACGCCUUCAUCUAAAUAUGCGAAAAGGCUUUGGCGCAGAUUGCAGUCUAAUUAUGGGUUCAAGAAAAUGAUAUCAGAAUGGAAAUGUGGCACUCGUAGUUUGUGGAAAAGUCACUUGAAAGAUGUUGUUUAUGAAAGAGGAAGCAAGUUGGUGAAGAAGGAUCUUGCUUGUAAGAAACUUGCAGUACACAAGGCAAGAAAGAAAAGGCAUAAGUUGGAGAAUCCUCAGCGAGUUGAAGAAGAUGCACAUUCACCUGAUACUGUUGUUCAGUUAAGAAGUAGCAAAGAUUUGAGCACUAUUCAAUUGACUAAAAAUGGAGGAGUCUCCAUCCUUAACAAAUCCAGAGCUAGGAUGGUGUCCGUCCCGUUGAGAUUAAAUGUUAGAAAGCCCAAUCGACCUGUAGUUCCUACUGCAGGUGAUAGGAAUGUUCUUUCAGAAACUUUGUCCAUGGAAGAAAAUUUUACAAGUUACGCGACUUCAGCUCAGAGUGAUGCAUCAUCUGAAGAGGAAUAUUCUAAAACCAGACCUGCCUCUUGUGGUAUGACUAACCAUGAGGUGGAUCGUGUGUCGAUACCCAUCAGAAAAGGUCAGGUAAAAGAAAGAGAAAAUAAGCUGAAGCUCCCACAGAAUAGUCAAGAUGAUGGUAACAAGUUGAAGGGCCAUCAAUUAAGAGAUGGUAACCUUGCUGCGGGUGCAAGGUCUGCUGGAAUCGAUCAACCUGGUGGGAGGGCUAGAGUCGAUAAGUUAAAGCAGGUAAGGAGGAAGUCUAAUGUUCUCUCUACAGAAGAUACAAAAAAGGAGCUGAGCAGCAAGACUUAUGCUGUUGUUAGUGCCAAAAGAAAGACCAAAUAUACCAGAAGAAAGAGACAGAAAGGAAUCUGCAGAGCAGAUCCAAGCAUCGAGCCUCCAUCAAAGCAAGAGGGUGGGAAUGAUGCACAAGUAAACCACAACUUAUUCUCCAGUAAUCGCCAGCAGACUCCAUUAUUUGAGAGUUAUGGAAGAAAUUUCAGGCUCAAAGACAUGGUCUCCCGUCCUCGGAAGCGAAAGAGGAAGAGACAGCUGGAUGGUCCACAAAGUGACACAAUCUGUUUUGUUUGUCACUUCGGGGGAGAGCUUAUCCCAUGCAAUAAUUGCUUUUCCUCUUACCAUCUGACUUGCCUCGAACCUGAGGUUGUUCCUAAUGAAAGCUGGUUUUGUCCAUCUUGUUGCUGUGGCCUAUGUGGCUCGAGUCAUUCCAUUAAUGACAAUGGUCAGUGGAGUAAAAUUUGCUUCCAAUGCUCACGCAGUUAUCAUGUGGAUUGCUUAAAUAAAGUGCAUCAGGAAGUUUCUGAUUGCCCUGCAGAAGGUUUCUGCAGCAACACUUGUUAUCAGUUAUGUGUCCGUCUUCAUCAGCUUCUGGGAACAUCAAACCCUACUUCUGUGGAUGGCUUGACAUGGACCAUGAUCAGAUCAAUGCGAAAUGAUUACAGAACUUGUGCUUUGACCCGGAAAGCUAAUCUUGUAAAGUUAUCACAUGCUCUUAGAGUUGUCCAGGAGAGCUUUCAACCUAUCACCGAGCUCCAUACCAAGAGGGAUCUGGUCAGAGAUGUUGUGUACAGCUCCAUGUCAAAGCUUAGAAGGUUGAAUUUUCGAGGAUUUUAUGUCAUGGUUUUGCAGAAAGGAGAUGAGGUUGUGUCUGCAGCCACAAUAAGGAUUCAUGGCCAAAAGGUUGCAGAGAUGCCUCUAGUCGCUACUAAUUUUGAUUACCGUCAGCAGGGGAUGUGCCGUCUUCUGGUCCAUGAAUUGAUAAAUCUGCUUGACAAAAUGGGCAUCGAGAGGUUUAUCUUGCCUGCUGCAUCCGAACUCAGAACAAUGUGGGAAAAAUCCUUUGGCUUUUCUGAGAUGCCUCUAUCUGACAGGCUAGAACUACUAGGCUAUCCCCUGUUAGGCUUCCAGGGAACCACAGUGAUCCAGAAGUUCCUCACUAGUUCCCGCAAGAAUGCAUCGAGAGAUCCUGUAUUUACUCCUGAAGAUAUCCAAAGAAGUAAAUUCGUUGUAUUGGUGUGCCCUGCGGUGAUAAGAGUGGAUGCAGUUGAUCUGAUGAAGAUGAUCAAAGUAAUAGGACAGAAUGGUGAACCCCAGUGAUUAGCACUUCUCUCUGUGGGUGAUCUGAGAUUAUGUGUUGCCCAAUGCAUGGAGCUGCAUUUGUAUUUAUAGUUGCACUGUAAUAUGGCUGGAACGAACAGGUAAUUUCUAGACAUCAUCUCUUUUGCGGCUUUUGCCUUCUAUGCCAUUGUUAAAUGAUGAAACCUAGUGCUUGGCUUUUGGGUUUCUUAUGAUGUGAUAUUCUGUUUGACUUUUCAUGAAAUACCCUUUUUUCUGUUCUGAUCAUUCAAUGCAUUACCGAGGCUUAUCUAUCAUUUCACAUUGAAAUGAAAUCUGGAGAUGCGUCCUGGAAACCAGGUAUUGGCCUUGUGAUCCAUUUCAAUUUGUUUGUCACAAUCUAAUUGAAAGUUUUGCUGAGUAAUGAGAAGACUUUUAUCAUUUUAAGGACGACCAUAUUAGUGUCCAAUUCACUAUCCCAUGCAGAGAACACCUUUGCGAAGUAGUGUGUAUGUCAUUGUGCGCAUGCUUACGUCUAUGUAUGUGAAUAUUGCAUGGUAGAAGUGUAUGUAGGCAUACACCGAUAAGCCAUGUCUGACAUGUUAUGACUCCUCAUAGGAAAGUCCCACUGCAUAGAGUAGCAGUAGCUAGAAGUAAUAGUGGAUGCUGCUUGAGAACACGCAGCACAUAAUAUAUUUUGUGAUAUUGCCCCUUGUUGGAGCUUUCUAUUCCUUUUUCUUGUCGGAGUUGGUGGUGGCUGCAGAAUUGGUGGUAGCGGCGGUCCUGGAGGAGGAGGAGGAUGAUGAAAAGUCUAUCUUCAUUCGGAAGAUAUUUGCUAGUAACUUGUUUUUGAUCUGCGCUCUCGGUGUAGGAAGGUGGCUGAAGUCAGGAGGCGGGCCUUUCUUCUUCUCCUCGUUAGAGUUCUGGCUUCCAUUUUUCUCACUCAUUUUGCUUUCUUAUAGCCCUUUUCUUCUCGCCUUCUCUCUCUUGCCUGCUUGCUUGCUGCUGGGGCUUAGACUAGAGAGAGCGGCAUCGUACUUAUAGGGUUAAGGAGCCAAUGUUAAUUAGGCAUCCAAAUCUAAUCACGUGGGGUCCCAAUCCCAUAGUAGAUUCGCUGGCUGGGAAAACUCAAAAUUGAAGGGCGUAUUGUGAAUGGGAGGUAUUGAACAGCAUCAUCAGGCGAUAAAUUACUCCCCAUACUGAACCUUUACCUAUUUGAGAACCAAUAUUCUUGUCCCUGAAAGGUUAUAUUGUAUUUA